UCCGAGAAACCUGUAAUUUCCCAAACCAGCAAAGAUACAGAGAUAUACAAGAAAAAACAAUGGCGUCACAGAGGUACUGCUACAAUGGAAUCCACGGUAUAAAAAGGGUUCAUCCUCUAAUUCACUCUCUCACAUCUUCUCGAAGUCGAUUCUCCUCUUCUUCGUCUUCUCUUCCAUUUAAAUCCAUACCUCCUCCUCAAUCUCUCCUUCUCCCAUCACACCUUCGUCUUCCCUCUUCUUCUGGUCUUGGAUUUCGCAGGCAUUGUUCUUCUACUCGUGCCUUUCACUUUUCUUCAUAUAAGAGAAACGAGGCAGCAUCGGCUUUCAAGAGAAGGUACAGAGAAAAGGAGGAGGAAGAAGACGAGAUGACUAUUAAACCGUCGGUUCGGAUCUCUAAUGGCAAUCUCAUCAUCAAAAACCGGACGAUUUUAACCGGUUUACCAGACAAUGUCAUGACGACGUCAGCAUCGGAGGCUGGACCGGUCGAAGGGGUCUUCGUCGGAGCGGUAUUCGACAAGGAUGAUAGCAAACACAUCGUGCCGAUCGGUACGUUACGCGAUUCCCGGUUUAUGUCUUGUUUCCGGUUUAAGCUCUGGUGGAUGGCUCAGAGAAUGGGCCAAAUGGGUCGAGAUAUCCCUUACGAGACGCAGUUCUUAUUGGUCGAGAGCAACGACGGCUCUCACCUUGAGCCUGACGGAGAUAACGGCGUCGAGAGUAACCAGAAAAUUUACACCGUUUUCUUGCCGUUAAUCGAGGGGUCUUUCCGUUCCUGUCUUCAAGGAAACGUUAACGAUGAGGUUGAGCUCUGUUUGGAGAGUGGUGACGCCGACACUAAACGGUCCUCGUUUACUCACUCUCUGUAUGUUCACGCCGGUACGGAUCCGUUUCAGACGAUCACGGACGCUAUUCGCACCGUUAAGUCGCAUUUGAGUAGUUUCCGUCAGCGUCACGAGAAGAAGCUUCCGGGGAUCGUUGACUACUUCGGGUGGUGCACUUGGGACGCGUUUUAUCAAGAAGUGACUCAAGAAGGCGUCGAAGCUGGUCUUGAAUCUCUCGCCGCCGGUGGAACGCCUCCCAAGUUUGUCAUUAUCGACGACGGUUGGCAAUCCGUUGCUACUGAUGAAACCACUGAAGAGAAGACAGAGUCGCCGCUUUUUCGAUUGACGGGGAUCAAGGAGAAUGCUAAGUUCCAGAAGAAGGAUGAUCCAAAAGUUGGGAUUGAGAACAUUGUCAAGAUUGCUAAGGAGAAACAUGGUUUGAAAUACGUUUACGUGUGGCACGCUAUAACGGGUUAUUGGGGCGGGGUUAGACCUGGGGAAGAGUAUGGAUCUGUGAUGAAGUAUCCGAAUGCGACGAAAGGUGUGGUGGAGAAUGACCCGACGUGGAAGACGGAUGUAUUGACGCUUCAAGGGUUGGGUUUGGUUAACCCAAAGAAGGUGUAUAAGUUCUACAACGAGCUUCAUAGUUACUUGGCUGAUGCUGGUGUGGACGGUGUGAAGGUGGAUGUGCAGUGUAUAUUGGAGACUUUGGGUGGUGGAUUAGGCGGUCGGGUUGAGUUAACGCGUCAGUUUCAUCAAGCUCUUGACGCCUCUGUUGCUAAGAACUUCCCUGACAAUGGCUGCAUUGCUUGUAUGAGUCACAAUACCGAUGCUCUAUACUGCUCGAAGCAAGCUGCGGUUAUUAGAGCAUCAGAUGAUUUCUACCCUCGCGAUCCGGUGUCUCACACCAUCCACAUAGCUUCUGUUGCAUAUAACAGUGUGUUUUUGGGAGAGUUUAUGCAGCCUGACUGGGACAUGUUCCAUUCCGUGCACCCUGCGGCAGAGUACCAUGCCUCUGCUAGGGCCAUCAGUGGUGGACCUCUCUAUGUCAGUGAUGCUCCUGGAAAGCACAAUUUUGAGCUUCUAAGAAAGCUUGUGUUGCCUGAUGGAUCAAUCCUUCGUUGUCGAUUACCUGGUAGACCAACCCGCGAUUGUUUGUUCACAGAUCCUACCCGUGAUGGUGUCAGCUUGCUAAAGAUAUGGAACAUGAACAAGUACACUGGAGUUCUUGGCGUGUAUAACUGUCAAGGAGCAGCUUGGAGCAGCACAGAAAGAAAAAACAUCUUCCACCAGACAAAAACUGAUUGCAUCACUGGCUCCUUUCGUGGUCGUGAUGUGCAUUCAAUAUCUGAGGCCUCUACUGACCCAACAACAUGGAAUGGAGAUUGUGCUGUUUACUCGCAGAGCGAAGGUGAACUCUGCGUCAUGCCAUACAAUGUGUCUCUCCCUAUCUCUCUCAAAAUCCGGGAGCACAAGAUCUUCACGGUGAGCCCCAUUAGUCAUCUGGUUGAUGGUGUAUCUUUUGCCCCAAUCGGUCUUGUAAAUAUGUACAAUUCGGGAGGAGCUAUCGAAAGACUUAGAUAUGAAGUCGAGAAGAUGAAGGUGGUAAUGGAAGUUAAAGGCUGUGGUAAAUUUGGAGCUUACUCAUCCGUGAAGCCUAAGAGAUGCAUUGUUGAGUCAAAUGAGAUGGCUUUCGAGUAUGAUUCCUCCUCUGGUUUGGUCACCUUUGAGUUGGAGAACAUACCUAUAGAGACCAAACGAUUGCAUGCGCUCGAAGUAGAGCUAUGAAGAGUGAUUUAAACAAUUCAUUAUACAGAAACAGUCUUAAAAUCUGUAUUACGUAAUUUAUUAUAUGUAAACUUUUGGUUAUUGUUGUAGCUACUUUUGAUGAUGUACCGUU